AUGUUAAUGGCGUUUUCUGCUUGUCUCCUCUUAGUUCUUCUGCAAGUUUUUUCAGCUUUAUUUCUCAGUCUUGCUCAAGAUCAGUCAGGAUUCAUCAGUUUGGAUUGCGGUUCGCCAAGAGGAGAUACUUUUCGUGAGAAGACAACAAACCUUACUUACAUCUCUGAUGCAAAUUUCAUCAAUACCGGUGUUGGUAGAAGCAUCAAACAACAAUACCGGACCCAGUUCCAGCAACAAGCCUGGAACCUACGGAGUUUUCCGCAAGGAACAAGAAGCUGCUACACCCUAAACCUAACCAUAGGUGAUGAAUAUCUAAUCAGAGCAAGCUUCUUACACGGAGGUUAUGAUGAUAAUCCCACCACCGAAUUCGAGCUCCACCUCGGGCCUAACCUAUGGACUAAUGUUUCAACCACAAACGAGACCCAAGCAUCAGUCAAUGAGAUUAUUCAUAUCUUGAAAACUGAUCGUUUACAAAUCUGUCUGGUCAAAACAGGAGACUCAACGCCUUUUAUCUCCGCUUUAGAGCUUCGUAAGCUCAAGAACACAACUUACUUAACUCAACAAGGGUCACUCCAGCUCUUCAUCAGAGCAGACGUUGGCUCAACUCUUAACGGAGGCUUCAGGUACGGAAUCGAUGUGUUUGAUCGUGUCUGGACACCUUUUAACUUUGGAAACUGGUCACAGAUUAGUACCAACCAGACAGUGAAUGUCAACAAUGACUACCAACCACCAGAGAUCGCUAUGGUCACAGCUUCCGUUCCAACAAACCCUGACGAACCUAUGAACAUUUCGCUAGUCGGGGUGGACCGCACUGCGCGGUUCUAUGUUUUCAUGCAUUUUGCAGAGAUUCAAGAGCUCAGUUCCAACGAAACAAGAGAGUUCAAUAUCAUGUACAAUGACAAGCAUAUAUACGGACCCUUUAGACCGCUUAACUUCACCACUUCUUCCGUAUUUACACCUACCGAAGUUGUUGCUGAUGCAAAUGGACAGUACACGUUUUCGCUUCAAAGAACAGGAAAUUCGACGUUGCCUCCUCUCCUUAAUGCCAUGGAGGUUUAUCAGGUUAACUUGUUGCCGGAGAAAGAAACCGAUAGAAAAGAAGUUGAUGCAAUGAUGAACAUCAAGUCGGGUUACGAAGUGAACAAGAUUGAUUGGGAAGGAGAUCCUUGCGUACCACAGACUUAUAGUUGGUCUGGUGUUGGUUGCAGUUACGUUGACAAUGAUCAACCAAAAAUCAUUUCUUUGAACUUGUCUGCAAGUGACUUGACCGGAGAAAUAUUGGAAUUUAUAUCAGACCUUACCAAUUUAGAAGUUCUUGACUUGUCUAACAAUUCUUUAACUGGUUCGGUUCCGGAGUUUCUAGCAAACAUGGAAACCCUAAAAACCAUAAAUCUCUCAGGCAAUGAGCUAAACGGUUCAAUCCCUCAAACUCUCCUUGAUAAAGCACGAAGAGGAUCGAUUUCAUUAAGUAUCGAAGGAAAUACCGGGCUUUGUUCUUCAGUUUCAUGCACCACCACGAAGAAGAAGAAGAAAAACACAGUUAUUGCACCUGUUGCAGCAUCACUUGUUUCAGUCUUCCUCAUUGCAGCCGGAAUCGUCACGUUCCUUAUCCUCAAGAGGAAGAAGAAGAGAACCAAGCUUGGUUUAAAUCCAAAUUCAGGUACCGGUACAACACCGUUACGUUCAAGGUCUCACCACGGUUAUGAGUCUCCCGUGAUAGCAAAGAACAGGAAAUUGACUUACAUCGAUGUGGUGAAGAUGACAAACAACUUUGAGAGGGUUCUUGGUAGGGGAGGUUUUGGUGUGGUUUAUUACGGCGUAUUGAAUAACGAACCAGUCGCUGUUAAGCUGCUCACUGAGGCUACUGCACUUGGUUACAAACAGUUUAAAGCCGAGGUUGAGUUGCUUCUUAGAGUUCAUCACAAAGAUCUCACAUGUCUUGUUGGUUAUUGCGAAGAAGGCGAUAAAUUGUGUCUAAUUUAUGAGUUCAUGGCGAAUGGAGACUUGAAAGAGCACUUACAAGGGAAGCGUGGACCAUCGAUACUAACGUGGGAAGGAAGACUUCGCAUCGCAGCGGAAUCAGCACAAGGACUGGAAUAUUUGCACAAUGGAUGCAAACCGCAGAUAGUACACCGAGACAUCAAGACAACAAACAUCUUGUUAAACGAGAAAUUCCAAGCUAAGCUUGCGGAUUUUGGGCUUUCGCGGUCUUUUCCACUUGGAACCGAGACUCAUGUCUCAACCGUAGUCGCAGGAACUCCCGGAUACCUAGACCCUGAGUACUACAGAAGUAAUUGGUUGACCGAGAAAAGCGAUGUGUUCAGCUUCGGUGUUGUUCUACUUGAGCUAGUAACGAACCGAGCAGUGAUAGACCAGAAAAGGGAAAGACCACAUAUAGGUGAAUGGGUUGGUUUGAUGCUAUCAAGAGGAGAUAUUAACAGCAUUGUGGAUCCUAAGCUUCAAGGAGACUUUGAUCCUAACACGGUGUGGAAAAUUGUUGAGACAGCCAUGACUUGCUUGAAUCCGUCUUCUUCAAGGAGACCGACGAUGACGCAAGUCGUUGUGGAUCUUAAAGAAUGUCUGAACAUGGAGAUGGCAAGAAACAUGGGAAGUCGUAUGACUGAUUCUACUAACGAUUCUUCGGUGGAGAUGUCCAUGAACUUCACAACAGAGCUUAAUCCAGGAGCUAGAUGA